AUGUCUAUUUUUAUACAUGAUAAAAUAAGAUUAUAUUACCAAGCAAGAUACGAACAUGACACGAAAGAUAAUGUUAUUAUUUGUAAUCGCAAGCCAGAACCACUACUAACUUCACCAAAACAAUAUUUAAGUUUUGAAUAUGCAGAUGUCUUUAUUCCCGUACUAAAAUCAAUCGAAUAUAUAAAAAGAAAAUCGCCGUUACCGAUAUACACUGGAAUUUCUUUCGCUAUUAAGAAAUAG